AUGUAUCGAACUCAUUCGAUUUUUGUCAGAAAACCUCUGUUCUUUUUGGGUUGCUUCCGUAACUCAGGAGCUCAUAUUGUCAAAGGAGGUCCGCGUUCGGAAAGUUUUACGGAUCAUAGUCCAACUCCGGCCACCCUCCUCCCUCACCGCCGGACUUCCAUUUUCUCACCACUGCCUGACUAUUCUUCCUCUCUCAACUCCAUAGCUCCCUCCGUCUGCAAUCUCUCUCUGUCCGCAGCUCCCUCCGUCUGCAAUCUCUCUCUGUUCACAGCUCCCUCCGUCUACAACCUCUCUCCGUCUGCAACUUCCCUACGUCUGCAACCUCCUUCCGCCGCGUCUUGCUUCCUCCCAGCCGGUACACUCAGCUUCGGUAAACCUCGACUCUUCCUCUUCAUAUACUUCAAUCAUCUUCAAGAGGACAUGACUUCCAUGCGAAGAAAUACUAUUUGA